AUGUCCGAAUCCGAACGCGAUACCACAGUCUACGAUCUGCAGUCCGGCGCUCUUGCCUAUCUCGACGUGCAAAGAUUCGCCUCCGACUUCAUCGAACUUUUCCCGUCUUCCCAAGUCGCAUUGUCUUACUUCCAGCAACUCUCAGGCAUUGAGGUAAUAGACUCUUUCGCUGUAUCACUGAUCUGGAUCUCCAGGUUAGAGCAAGAUUGCGUACGCAUCCUUGAACAAGAAGGUUGUACCCUUGAUGUCACCGAAGUGAUUGGCUCCCGUCUUCCACCAACUAUAAGGGAGCAGGUGGCCGGCCGAGCCAAGAACUCCAUUGUCGCUCACUUCUCCGAGACCACUGGAGGGCUGAAGAUAGUGCGCGUCGGCACUCUGAUACUCACUGAAAGGCGCCGAGACGGAGCACUCGACGAGCUCGCUGGCUACGCAAAAGAAGCUGCAAAGGCACAAUGGCAAAGUCUACACGACGAUCCAACCCUAGUGGAAGACGUGAAAUUCACUCGAGACAAGAUCAAAGACAUGAUUCCUCCCACAGGCCUUGUUCAGCGCCUUCUCCUCCAACAAAAACCAGUUGAGAAGUUAUUAGAAGAGCGCUUCUGGUUCCACGUGUCCUCGUUCGAAACACUGAAUGAAGAGGAGUUUGCCAUGUACUGGACAGAUCGCAUGCUCACCCGAUAUCGGAUAUACAGCGCCGGUUUAGUUUCAGUCAUGGACCAAAAGGUGCACAGCCAGCUUGCUCAGGUCUUUGCAACUUACGCACACAAGGACCUUAUACCCGAUACUAUUGCCAAAGCACGAGCGCAGGGUCUAGUCCUCAGCCGCAAAACAAGAAAGAAUGUUACCAAGUUCUCGAGUGUGCUGGAGUCCACGACGCCUCUGGAUAAUACAUCACUAUCUUCAGCUUUGGAGAAAUUCAACAAAAAACAAGGUAUCAACCAUCCAUCUACAGAUUCGCUGGCUGCUGCCAAGCAAUCGAUGCUCGACGACAUGCUUCGCCGAAUCAAGAAACAAAAAGCUUCCGACGGCCCCGUACUCUUCUUAACGCUAGUUAUCUUGCUCUUCGCAAAGCAGUACGAUGGUGUCGUAUAUGCAACGGGAAAGUUCACACCAAAGCUGUUGAAGUUAUUGAAAGGCAAGCUGGAGUAUGAGCAGUAUGAGCAGCUUGAGAGAUGGAAGGAAGCUGCCAAGGCCAAUACCUUGAGCGCGGAGGAUAGGGAGGGUAUGGCCAGGAUGGCAGCGACGUGA